AUGUUGCAGGAUAACUCGAAGCAAAUUCAAAUCAAGGAAUACAUUAAGUCUGCAAAUGGAACUGUAAGAGGCAAAAUUGAAGUUAAAAUAGACAAUGACGAUCCGAUUUACAUAUUUUAUACAAAUGCAAAUAACAAAGAGCGAUUAUAUGUUUCCGGAGCUUUUUGUAACCAUUACAGUUAUAAUCAUGGUUGGAGUCGUUACUUAACUAAAAUAGGCAAUACCUUUGUCAAUUAUUUGAUUUUGCUUGGACCUUCAGUUAUAUUCAGAAUUAAUGGGCAUUCACCUAUCUGGAAUAGAGAUAAAGAUGAAGUUAUUAGGGGUGUUAAUUAUCAUAGCGCCUACACUGAUCUUGGUUGGACCCUCAAGGUGUGGUUUUACUUCAAAGGUGAUAGGCUUGAAGGAUUGAAAAGACCAAGUCGAGCUUAUUUUUCUGGUUAUGACGAAUACUCAGUGUGGGACAGAAAAGGUCAAUAUUGGUUUGACUUUUACACUAUUGCUCGAGUUGACCAAAAUUUUGAUACCAUUGUUACGCCUAAACCUGGAUUAGUUUGUGACCAGUACCUAAGUUACCCAUCAGCCAAAGCCAGAGCCCCUUUCCCAAAAUUAACCCAACAUACAAUUCACUUUAUUGCCAGAACCAAAAGUUUAAAUGCAGGACCAACGAAAAAAGAAGAAGUUUAUGCUGACGAAAAGUAUCAAAUCUUGAGAAUUAAAAGCUCAACUUACGGGAAAGACAAUAAAAUCCUCACAAAUGAUAUCCUUUAUGAUUAUGAAUUAGGACUUGAGUAUGGAUUUACACAAGAAGGAAAUUUUUCAGCUUCUCCAAUGAGUUUAUCAGCACCUGGCAUAGUUGAAGAUACACCAUUCACUUAUGGCAACUACAAACUCAAUUUGAAUCGAUUGCUCAACUUUGAUUUGAACUAUCGUUACUUGGGACCGGUAUUUUUCGAGGAUCGAGAUGAGAUUGGAGUACAUGCAUGGGAAAUACUCAAUAAAGAUAUGGAGGUUGGUGGAAAAGUUUAUCCAAAUGUCGUUACAACUCAGUAUUUCAGUGGAAUAACAGAUGGACGAACUGGUUACACACUUGUUGGUACAACAAAGAAAGCUUAUGACAGCAAUAAAAAAUUGCUUGCUUCUCUAACAACAACUUAUUUCGAUAUUGGUUUUAAAAUGAGCUCUUCAGAUAGCAUGGGAAAGUUUUCCGUUGAAGACUUCUAUGUCGAAACAAAAGCCAAGAAAACCAUAAAAUUCUUUUUCAAUUGCACAGAUGUUCCUUGCAACUACUUGAAACAAUAUUCUUAUCAAAUCCAAGAUGCAGUUAAAAAAGCACUCGUCAACACUGGAACAAUUUCAGCCUCAAGAAUCACAAAUAUUGAAACAAUAAUUGAUUCCAAUGAGAUAAUUAUUUAUGUUACGAUUUUGGACUUUCCAAGACUAAAAAAUGCAUUCAAGAUGCAAAACAUGAAAUUAUCUGAGAAAACAUUUACAACUUUAACUAGCAUUAGAGUAGAUGACGAUGAAGCUUGUUUGAGGACAAAUUCAUAUAAGCACGAACCAUUUACAGCCAUCGCAUUCUGUAAGGCUGAAAAUGGUGGGUUUUGUUACAGGAUAGAUGGUGCUAAAGUGAAACUUGUUGAAAAAGAGAAUAAUGGAAUUUCUUGUUCAGUUUACAUGACACCAUUGAAGAACAUUUAUCGCUAUAGUCGAGAAUUACCUUUAGAAAAUAUUCACGAGAGACUUGGUCACAUUAAAAUCUCAUUGACUUCACCCAAUGACAACGAGAUGUUCACAUUGACUCCAUACCAAGUGACAGAUGUAACCAAAGUCAAUGACGACGCUCCUUUAACGAAUUCAUUAUAUGAGAAGAUUAUUGAAAACACAAAACUAAUCGAAGACAAACUUAAUACAAUUCAAGUUGUUGGUACUAAUGACUUAGGUUCUUGCCGUCGAAAAUGUAUUUUGUCUGCUGAGAAUAAUUGCCAAUCAUUCUCGUUCUGCGAUUUUUCGGGCAGAGUUGAAUGUUUUUUAUCAACUGUCACAAAAAUUUCUUCUGAAAAAAUAACUCAUGAUAGAUCUUGUGAGACUUAUUUAAUUGAUAAUCUAACAAAAUAUAAGAAAAUUGCGUUCAAAAGAUUUAAUAAUAUUGAACAGUCAGUAGCAUCCGAGAGCUCUCUUGAAAAAUGUGCUUCAUUGUGUUCCAAUUCCGAGUCUUGUAAAUCAUUCCAAUUUUGUUCUGGUUCAUGUAGUUUAGCAGGUUAUUAUACUGAUGAAUCAAGCGUUCUUAGUGACAGUUGCAAUAUUUAUAUUCCAAAAGUAUUGGACAGAUUUGAAUUAACUGGAAAAUGGAUCGUAGCAGACUUGUUUCACACUGAACUGAACCUCAAUGCUGAUCAAUGUGCCGCUCUCUGUUUUCAAUGGAGUGAUAAUGGCACAAUGUGUAAAUCUUUUAAUUUUUGCCCAACACAUGGUAAAACAUCUAGCUUAUGUCAUUUAUCAAAAUAUUCAAUACAUGAUGCUAGUGUAAAACUGAUUCACUCUGACACUUGUCAAAAUUAUGAAAAGACUGAAUACAGUGUGAAUGAACAACUAAAUAAUAUCAAUAAAGUUACACAUUCUUGGACAAUUUUCGGAAUCCUCGUACUAUUCAUCACCACUGGACUGAUUUCAGGAGUUGCCGUUGCAGUAGGAUAUUUCAAAUUUGCUUCUUUCAAUAGAGAUGCAUUUCAAAUCUACAAUCGUAACACAUUCAGCUGGUCUAAGCAACUAAACGAUGAAAGACAAUCUGUGAAUGGUGACGGUUUAUUGCAAAUGUCCUCUGAGUAUGCUAUUCCUGUAAAUGAAUGA